AUGAGUACAGAUCCUUCUAAUACUAUUAAAUUUCUGCAUGGAGUGGGCGGUGUUGCCGAUGUUGUUGGUUAUCCUACUAAGCUCUGGUAUGCGACAAAGAAAUAUUCUAUAAAUGGUACAAUAUCUACAGUAGCUAUUAACACUUGGGUGCAGUUCUCUUUAGCUUAUAUUGCUGCAAUUAUGAUUACUCGUAAUGAUCUAAGUUUUCUCACAAAUAUAUUAGAUCCAAGUGCAAUCUCAUUAUAUGCUCUCGUUUCCCUCGUGCUUGUAGCGGCUUUUUUAACUUCUGUUACCCUUAAAUAUAUACACAAGCAAGAAAUAAAAGAUGAAGAUUUCAUAAACGAAGAAAUUAGAGGUGGACAAAGUGAUGGGAUAAAUCAUCUUGCUCAAGAUGCGCGGGCAAUAGAAAUUUUUCCUGGUGUAAGGCAUAUAACUGAUAAAAAAAUUUCAAUAAUUGUACCUAUUGCUGAAAAGCAGGGAACAGCAUUAGAAAAUCAGGCAGCGGAAAAUAGGAAUAAAGUUAUUUUUAUUACUGUACCAUAUGUAAUCAGUAGUCUAAUUGUAACUAUUGCGCUUGGAAAAUUCGGCUUUGCCAAUAUACGUGGGUGGGAAGAGAUAUCUUUCAUCUCAAUGGUAGUUGCCAUUGCUGUUGUUGGUGCUUUAGUGGCAUUGAGUAAACUAAAAGAUAACAAAAUAAAACAGAUGUCUAAUACUACAGUAAAAUUUGGAAGCCCAAACAUUAUUCCUUUUUUCAAUACUUUUGUUCCUUUCUCAAAGGGUAAAACUGCGUUAGUAAUGGAAAACAAGGUUGAAAGUAGUGAAAACAAUGAUAUAGUAUCUCGGGCAUUGAAGUUAGUGGAUAGACGAUUAACUGACUUUAUUGGCGUAAUUGACAAUAGCGUUUUGAAACCUUUAAGCGCCAAAGCCCAGAAAACACUUGAUGGUGUAAGAGCUGAUAUUCGUACUCUAUUUAAUACAUUAGAAGCAAAUAUAACAAAAGAUGUAGAUGGAGUAAAAACAACUGCUGAUAAAGCAAUUACUGAAUGUCUGCAAAACAUUGCUAACAGUGUUAAUGAGUUAUGCAAGGGGGUUGAAGGGGGUGUAAAAAAUAAACUGGAUGAAGUAAAUGUAGAGGAGAUAAUGAUUCUAGUAAAUCAUUUUAGUAAGUUGGCAAAAACUUUGGAGGAUAGGUUAGCUAGGCUUGUACCAGGUAGAGUGGGUGGGCUGGCUGCAGCUGGCUUUAGUGAUACAAGAAUGCCUGAUGCAUCAUUUGAUAGAGUUCCAGCUUCAAAUGAAUUUAUGGGUAUGUUGCAAAGAUGUAAUGAACAAAUAGAGAAGCUAGCGAAAGAGUUGAAGGAAAGGCAAGGUCAACCUAAUAACACAAGAGCAACAUUAGAGACAAUACGGACAGUAGAAGAACCAUUAGCAGAAAGGGGGCAAAAGAAGCAAGGUCCAACAGACCCAGAAGAUAGUGGUCAUGACUCUCUUUCUGAGUCUGGCGAUGGAGAUAAUGCUGCUAAUCCAUCAGAUAGUGAGGAAGAUAGAUUACGUAAAAUAAAGGAGGAUUUGGAAUCACAAGAAAGAAUACGAAUUCUGAAAAAACAGAUCAAAGAACUUGAAGCAAAAUAUGCAGAAGAAGAAAAGCAAGAAGAAAGAGCUGUAUGGAAGGAAGCACUCAAUGGUCCUCCAAGAGCCUUUUUCCAUCACCUACUUGGAUCCAUUGAUUUGAUAAUAAAUGGUAAAAAAGUCACAUUACAAAGCGUAGAUAACAAAUUCGUAGCUCACAUGAAAAACGGUGCUCAGAUAACUUUUGAUAUUCAUGCACAAGAAAAGACUGUUGAACAGCCAGAAGUUGUUCCACCUGAUACAAAUGUGGAUGUGAAAAAUCCAAGCAUUGAAGCGAUGUAUGUAGCAGCUUGUCCAGGUUGA